UAACGUGUCACCAAAGGUCAAAUUUACGAGCUCAGCACAACAGUGCAUGAGAGGAGGUCGUGCGGAUAAGCUGCUAUUAUACUUGGAAAAGAAAAGAUGUUGACAAACACCUCGGGUUUUCUCUCCAAGUGUGUGCUGUUAGUUUUGCUGUGCCUUGUGUCUGGGUCCAGUCAAAGCUUCCAUGAGUACUGUAUUGUAGGAGCUGGGCCUGGUGGUCUACAACUUGGAUAUUUCCUCAAGACCAGCAACAGAGAUUAUGUCAUCUUUGAAAGAAAUAAUGUAUCAGGUUCCUUUUUCACAAAAUAUCCUCGUCAUGACAUGUUAAUCAGCAUAAACAAGAGAAACACUGGGAAAACCAACAAAGAAUUCAAUCUUCGUCACGACUGGAACUCUCUCAUCAGUCACGAUGAAAGCUUACAGGUGCGCCAUUAUUCCAAAGUGAUGUUUCCACACAGAGAGGUGUUGGUAAAGUACUUGGGUGACUAUCAGAGGAAACUGGGAAUCAAUGUUCAGUAUAAUGUGGAUGUCCACAAUAUCAGGAAACGCAGUGACACGGGGUUGUUUUCUAUGGAGGAUCAGCGCGGGAAUGCAUACAGUUGCAAAAAUGUUAUAAUAGCCACAGGUUUACAGAAAGAACAUGUUCCACAAUUUAGAGGAGUAGAGUAUACAAUUGGAUAUAAUGACGUCUCAAUCAACCCAGAUGAUUUUGAGGGGAAAAGUGUGUUGAUUAUUGGACGUGGCAAUUCUGCCUUUGAAGUAGCUGACAGGAUCUAUGGCGCCACCAACGUGAUUCACAUGAUUGCGCGAUCCAGAGUGAGGCUGUCAUGGGCUACACACUAUGUGGGAGAUUUAAGGGCAGUGAAUAACGGACUGUUAGACACCUACCAACUGAAAUCCCUGGAUGCUGUCCUGGAAGCUCCUAUAGAAGAAGCUGCUUUAGUGAAAACCAAGCAGGGGAAAAUUAAACUUGUUUUUUCUGCUGGAGAUAUGGAUGAAAAUCUGUUUGAUAACUUUGCUAUGAGAGAUGAUUACGAUGUGGUGAUAAGGUGCACUGGUUGGAAAUUUGAUGAUGAGGUGUUUCAUAAUUCCACUAAACCUGAAAGAGGUCAAGGACGGCGUAAGAAAUUUCCAAAAACUCUCCCAACUUAUGAGUCCACCAACAUCCCUGGUCUGUUUUUUGCUGGCACCAACUCUCACUCCGUGGACUUCAGGAAGUCAGCUGGAGGCUUUAUACAUGGAUUCAGAUACACAGCAAGGACACUGUACAAUUAUCUAGAGCACCGCAACCAUGGUGUUGAGUGGCCGUCUAUAAAAGCACCCAUCACAGAACUUUUGGAUAGGAUACUGAAGAGGAUUAAUGAAGCCUCUGGAAUAUAUCAAAUGUUUCAAGUUCUGGGAGAUGUUAUACUAUUAAAAAAUAAUGGCAGAGAAUUUGAAUACUUGGAAGAGUUUCCAAUCAUGUCCCUUCCAAAAUUUCAUGAAAUAACUGGCAAAACAGCAGAGAAGAUAAUUGUUGUAGUUUUGGAGUAUGGUGCUAACUUCUCCGGUCCUGGUAAUGAUGUGUUCAGGUUGAACAGAGCUACAGGAGAGCCCUCUGAUGCACAUCAGUCCAACUUUCUUCAUCCUGUGUUUUAUUAUUAUGAAACUUUACCCACAGAAAAAGAUAUGAAGAAAAAGGGAAGUAAGACAUUGCCAAAACCUGUUCAUUUACACCAUAUUGUUGAGGAUUUUCUAACCACAUGGGAUGCACCCCUCAGCCACAUUCUGCCAUUGCGACAGUUCUUAGAAAGAUGUAUUGGUACUGACAUGAGGAAGUACUUUGCCAGUUCUUGUUUCACUCUGGCCAUGACACAUCAGACAGUACCAUUGAUGUGCCAGGAGAAAUAUAUGCAAGGUCAAGGUCUUGUUGGAACUGAGGCUCUCUUGCUCAGAGCACGCAUAGCAUCAUUGUUAUAACAGCUGGAAUAUGAUCUGGAAAAAAGGGCAUAAUUUUUGCUGUAGGCAAAUAACUGAAGAAUUUACAAGUAAAAUAUUUUUCUAAAAAUUGAUCUUACAUUGGUAAAAAUUAUUAUAUUUUUCAUUUUCAUAAGACCCUGUCUCACUGGCAUUAGGAUGAAUUUCGCAUGAAUUGCAAACAAAAUUGGUUGAUAUCUGCUAAACAUCUGCAAUAUUCAUGAUACAUGCUUGUAUCAUUCGGUCAGCAUCUGCACAUGUCCACAAUUAUACACAGAGACACUUCUGAUCCCUAGAUUUUUGAGCUGCCCAAAAUUUUGGUUACGGAUGACAUGCGCAAUACAUCGGUCCCAAUGCAUCCACAAAACAUAAGCAAUACAUAUGCAAUA